AUGAAGCGUUCUCGACGCAGGCGGGAUAGAAAGCUGGAAAUCAACUUUGGCGAGGACGACAUAACUGCGACUACUACUAGCGACUCAGAAGAGCAGGGCGAUGCUACAUAUGAGACGGAUCUGACGGAGCCGGACGAUGUCCCAAGCUCGCGAAAGCGUCUCCGGUCAGAUGAGAGCCUUGUCUUGGAGCAAGAGCUCUCUACGAAGUAA